AUGAUCAAGGAAUUUCUUUCAUCCAUCACCCAUUUAGACUUGAAUAUGUACCCUUUCCAAGUCAGAUAUUCUCUUGAAACUGUUCUUUAUCGAAUGAGAGAGUACGAACGUGAAAACUUCUCUGAUCCAAGUAGCAUCAUGUUGAAAAUAUCAACCUUGAUGGAAUGUUUAGAAGAAUAUGGCUUGUUUUAUUUGUUCCUCAAAAAGAGAGCCAUAGAAAGCAAAUCUCUUUCAAGAGUGGCAGAGGUGGGUGAAUUUCCAAAUCCUUCUUCUUCUUCUCAUACGAAUGCUGUUGGUGUAAUUGAGAAUCAUGACAGUGGCUGUCACUCCUCUGAAGCAGCAACCACAUCAACUAAUACCUUAACCCCAAGAAAUGCACCUCUCUCGACGACAAUUGCUGCUGAACCUUCUCAUUCAACACCAGAGAAAGAUCUUUCUGAGAUACCAGACAAGUCUCUUGAGGUAAUCACCACUCCAAGAAAAGGUACUUCCUCCUCUACUGCUGCUGCUGUUGCUGUUGCUUCUUCUUCCAAUACAAAGAAUUGCCAAACUCCAAAGAGAAAAUGGAAUGAAGCUUGUGACCUCUCAAUCUUGUCCUUCCUCUCGCAUGAAAUCAUCUUCCUCAUCGCCUUCUUUGAACAGUCUCAACAAUUAUGA